GACUAAGCGUAGUUAGUCUGUGGGGAAUAUUCAGAAGCCCAGUAAUGCAGUCCCACGGGUCCCUAAAAAAUUUGUGCUUCGUCGCGAUUAUAUCCUCCGUGGCAGUUUUCGUCCUUGGUGAAACAUUCUGCAAUAAGUGCCAAUCAACUGAUGUCAAGUGUUUGAACGAGACCCACUUUAGUCUCUGCACGGAAAGUGUGGCUCCAGAUCAGGUGAUUUCCUGCCCCGAUGGCCAGAUCUGCACCGGUCUCAAGAAGAUCUGUAUGCCCAGAGGAUCGACAGAACCUUCCUGCCCCACGGAUGCUGACGUUACUUGCCCCUCCUGCAAUGGAUCAACCUUGUUCGUCUGUACAAGCCGCACAACCUUCCAAAUGUGCAACGGGGAUAAGCUCACCAGCCAAGUUACCAAGUGCAAGGAUAACACCUACUGUGCCAUAAGUGGUAAGAAGUUCUGUGUGGACCGCUGUGAAGCGUUAAAGAGCGGCAUUCAGUGCAACAGGGAGUCACCUUUGGAAUUAUAAUUCAUAUAAAGUUAUCCACAAAAUUUAUUCACUGCAUUUUAAAAAAAAAUAUAUAAUUGUUGCCAAAAUAAAGUA